AUGGAGCAGCAGCGAGACAUGGAAAGUUGCAGGUCCUAUGCUGCGGUUGAAGCGUCCCUUCCUCGUCUUUCCAGUAUCCUGUAUUUUCGAUCACCUCGCAGAUCCAUCUUCCCCUUCUCCUCCUCCUCCUCUUCCUCCUCCACCUCUUCUUUCUCCAUGCGAGACUCCAUGGCGGCUCCCACGCCGCGCAAGAUGGCCGCCUUGGGUGGCAUCACACCAACGCAGAGUUACAACCGGCGAUGCUCGUCCAUUCCACGUCCUACCUCGAAGCUGACCGCGGCGCAACACAUUUCUUCCAGUGCUGCUGCGACGGGCCCGACCGGAAACAAAGCGGCGACAGACGGAACACCACCAAGUAUUGUCAAGCCUCGCACCUAUUCUCGAACUAGACGGAACUCUUUUGUCCCUCCUCAUAAUGAUCCUCAACCUGCUUUCAGGCCUUCUCGUGCUCGGCCACCACGAUCCAGCCUACCUGAGACCACUUCUCAACCGAUAGACGGUUCACACGGCCUCUCAGGCAUCCAUCAGCAAAUGCAUGUCACCUGCUGUUCUCGUCAUUCCCUUGCGAGCCUCGAUGCCAUGGUCUUAUCUGCUACAGGAAAAGCAGAAAAUAAAUCGACCAGCUCGCUUCCAGGUCACAAGCGUCGGACCAAACACAAAGCAUUGUCUUCGGUUACCAAGGUAACAUCACCAGUAAUCCCUCAGAGACAGUUGAUGGGCCCCCUGGGACCACCACUGCCUCGAAGCCAGACUGCAGGCAACAUGACUUGUUUUACUGGUUCGGCAGCAAACACACCAUCCCCAUCGAAACCCUCGACACGAACCAUUAGCACAGUCAGCCAAACAGCCGAGCUUAGCGUCGUGGACGCUCUGGCUGAGAGCAGAAUGACUGACAAGGAAAUCGAAUACUUUAACCAGGUUGCGAAGGAAGUUGAAGCAAACAGGCAGAGGAUGAAGGGCUCCACACGAGCGAAAAGGCUCCUUGCUAACGACAUUGGCACCGGUUCGGCAUCCUCUAGAACACUUACUUCUUUAACGAGGUCGAAUGGUUCCUUUGAUCUGGCCACGGAGGAGUAUGGCGACAUGACGAUUGCCGACAGCAGCAAAAAGCUUCCCUUCCAAGGAGCUAGAUUAAGGAUUGUACCAAAUUCGAGUUCAGCAGUAUCACCUCCAAUCUUGACCCCUGACUCUGGAGUGAGCAUGGGAUCUGGCAGCCACGAAGGCAAGGAGAUCAAUGUCAAGGUGGUCCAUAACUAUGAACCAGUCCAAUACUGGCAUGGACGUUUCUCGGCACUUUGUGAUCGUUUGAGAAGCGAGGACUACUUUAUCGGCUCGUCUGUGUCCGCAUCGAUUGCCGACUCCCCCUGCACAGCGGUCCCUCGUAUACCCAAGAUCGACAACAGCGACUCCUUCGAAGCUGACGAUUUGCGCCGCAGCCUUCGGGCUCUCAAAGAGCUUCGUUCUUACUGUCGCACACCAGAAGCCGUAGGAUCAUUCGAGGAGUUCGCGCAGCAGAUAGACGAGAGCUACGAGAAGGUAUUCGCCGCCAAACAACCAGCUCCAUUUCAUAUACACUCCUCGGAUAGCAAAGCACGACUCUUCUCAACAGGGCUCUGCCCAAAGGUACCGGGUCUGGACAAGAACAUUGCUGCGGCCGCAAUGAGGAUGAUAAACACCAACCCGAAGCCAAACCCAUCCAUGACGAGAUCGAAGACAACAGGAGAUAUGGGACAAAUCGAGACAGAGGUCAUCACCGGCACAAACAGAAAACACGCUAAGGUCGGCCGGAGACGACCGUCGUAUCUGAAGGCACAGGAAGAAGUGCUGGUUGGUGAGAUGGGCGCAUUGAGCGCCGGCAGACGCGCGAGGGCUGCGGCGGCUGCUCAGCAGAAUGCUAGGCGCAGAACCGGUAUCAGUUCAGAUGUUGUUAGAAACGCAGAAGAUGCACCGCAAGGCAAGAUGCCGGCGCCGGUCGCGAAACAGACGAGUCGACAUAGCAUGCCGCGGAAGAGCAGCGCUUCAAGUGGAGGUCCGGGUACGGGUGGUGAGAUGUUGAAGAGGGUCUUUUCCGAGAGCGUGAGAAGCGUUAGGAGGAUGGGGAGGAGUCUCACUGGGCUGAGCGGAUCGGGUGAUGCAUGA